AUCUCUAUCACUAGUGGCCUACCAUGACUUAAACAAAUACUUUUUGGGUCAAUGCAUGGGAAUGACCCAUUUUAUAAUUGUUUGUUAAUUUUCCUGGAAGUAGAUAAGAAUGACCUAAUUAAAUAUCUCCCCUGCACACAGACAUUUGCAUUGCACCUAACAAAGACCAGGUUUUUUGUUUGUACACCGAUCCACAUCAAUGGCUCUUGCGAGAAAAACUCAAGGAACAUCCUCCAAUUCCAACACUCGUCGGGGUUAUCAUUACGACGUGUUCUUGAGCUUUAGAGGUGAAGACACUCGCAAGACGUUUACCGACCACCUCUACAGAGCUUUGAUAAGCGCAGGAUAUCGCACAUUUCGAGACGACGAUGAACUCGAGACGGGAGAAGAUAUCAAGUCAGGACUGAAGCAAGCAAUCCAAAUGUCCCGAACUUCUGUCAUUGUGUUUUCGAAAGAUUACGCGUCGUCCAGAUGGUGCCUUAACGAGCUUGUCGAGAUCGUUGACCACAAGAGGACUAGCUCGGACCAUGUGAUUAUACCGGUCUUCUACGAUAUUGAUCCGUCCCAUGUGAGGAAGCAGACGGGAAGCGUUGCCGAGGCAUUUGCUAGACACCGAAAAACUGAACCCCCCGACAUGAUGGAGAGAUGGAGGAAGGCACUUGCAGAGGUUGCAAAUCUAGCUGGGAAGGUUUUACAAAAUCAAGCUUAUGGGUAACUUUCAGUUUCUUCUUUUGUCUUCUCUUUGUUGUUGUUGUUGACCUGUCCAAUAAAAUCACAAAAUAUUGAUUUACUCAACACAAAUGUUCAUAUGACUUCAGGCAAAUUGCUCCAGUAACAAUCUCAUUUAAGGUCAAUUAAGUUGUCAUGAUCUGUACCAUGGUGAUCAGAAUUAUUGAUCGAACCUUAGUAUAAUUUUCUCUUGUGAAUUCCAUGAUGAUCAGACUUCGUAUAAUUGAUUGAUAUCGAGUGCACGACAUGUUUGAUUCA